AUGAAUCCGCCUUCGAGCCCGCCUCCGUCGCAUCCUGUGCGACUUCGCUUGGUCAAAAACCAUCGGCUUGUCAUCUCCAUUGACAGCCCAGCUAUCGACCAAGUCGACGUUAUCCCGGGACGAUCAGGUCGAUCUGUCACAGACUUGAAAGCCCAAGUCGUGGAUAUGGACGACGAGCUGCGGACGCAACUCACGCAGAGCGGCGUGAAGGUGAUUCAACCCUCCUUCUUCGAUUCGCCGCCGCCAUCUCUCCCGCUCGAUUACUUCAGUCCUCGCUUGUAUGAAGAGAGCUACACUUCGAACUACAAUCGCUACCCCUCGACAUUGCCGCCGACCCUCGAAUCAGCUGCGGCGCCCCCAGUACACAGGUCUACGUCACCUGCUGGACUACGCGACGUGCGAGAGGGUUGCACCCUCGGCAGCCAUGCCGAGAUAGAAUUCAAGGCUGGGCUAUAUGCUCACAUUAGCGAGUUCUGUGCGGCGAGGCAGUACCCGGUUCCGUUCGAGGUAGCGCGUGCAACUAUUCGCUGCAAGCCGGAGAAGGUCGCAUUGGUGACCGGGUAG